AUGAUGAAGAUAUCAGCGUUAAACGAAGAAUCGAGCGAAGAAAGCGAGGAGGAGGAUGUACCAACGAUCACAAAAGAGGCUCAAGAACAGUUAGCUCUUACUGAAUAUAACAGAGCUCUAGAAUUAUUGAAAGUGAACAAACAGGAGGAUGCACUGAAUAUUUUUAAAGAUCUCCUGGAAACUGAAUUAUUAGACGAAGUUGAGAAGCCCGAAGUACCAGAUGGACGGUCGAGGCCGAUGUUGUCGUUGAAAUAUUCUUGCUUCAAGAACAUUGGUGCUAUACAGGCAACUUUCAGAAAUUAUGACGAAGCUAUUGAGAAUUAUUGGGAGGCUGCAAAUCUAGACGAUACUGAUGUAUCUCUAUGGUACAGGAUAGGCAGCUUGGCCAUGAAAAUCUGUAAUCUGGAAUUAGCAUGCUCGGCCUUCAAGCAAGGUUUAAAAUGCAACGCGAACCACUGGCCGUGUUUGGACAACAUGAUAACUGCCUUAUUCGCGGUUCCUGAUUAUAUGAAUUGUCUUUUAUACAUUUCUAUAGCGUUAGAACGCGAUCCUUAUUAUGUGAAAGGCUUAGCAUUCCGAGAUAAGAUACUUAAGGACAUUCCAAGCCUCGAGGAUUGCUACAAAUUGUAUAAUAGGGACUGGCAUUUAGAUCCUCCUUUGUACACGGAGUAUGACCCGGCCAUUGGAGAUAAAUUAAUAGCAGAAGCUGAAGCUGUUGCCAAGAAGUGGAUGAAAACUUGCAAAAAAGAAUUCUGUUCUAAGCCAUUAUCAGGUUUAGCAUUGAGGAGACCUAUAAAAAGUUUCACCUGGUUAGAUUUGGGAGAAUGUUUGUUGGAUAUGAACAAAUACCUUGCGGAGAAUAAUUUAAAUUUUGUCAGUAGAAUUAAUUUAUCGGUUCAGAUUCCCGAAGAAACGCAAAAGAUGAAUACCGAUGAGGAUAUAAGAGAGAACAAUAAUACUAUUACUGAGCAAGAAGCAUCGCAAGGUGCUGUAACGAAGGAAAAUGGCAAUGAAGAACCACCGAAGAUGGAGAUAGAAGAAGCAAAUUUUCCUUUCGAAACGUCGAACGACAAUCGACCGCUCGCCGGUGAUUCUCCGAUGGAGAUCGAUAUGGAAGAUGAUAAAAAAUCAAACUCCUCUGAUAUUCAAAUAAUAGAGGAUGAGGAUCCUUUAAGAAUGUCAGACACGGAUGCUGCAGAGGAACAGAACCAAGUUAAGAACGAUUUGGACGAUCAAAAUAAUUUUGAACUGGAUGAGAACGGUGAUAAAAUGAUAGAUGAUGUUGGGAACGAAGCGCAGAAUGAUAACGCUAGCGAUAAGGACAGUAAUAAAUCCAACGAUGAAAAGGAUUCGAAGAAGGGAGAUAAAACGAAUGAAAAGGGGAAUGAGAAAGCUGAAGGGAAAGAAGAAGUUCAGAAGGUGAAGAAGAGGAGGAGAAGCGCUCUGUGCUUUCUGCAAGAAUGGGCUUGGAGUUGUAACAGCAUGAGGCGUUCAGCGAGAGUGAGGAGUUCGAAUAGGAGAGAAGCUGAACGAGAUGAUGUUCAAUUAGAGGAGACUCUCAGACGGAUAUUUCCCAGCACGUUGUUGCCAGACACGGUAAAAUUAACUAAGGACGACCAUUCAAAAACUAUGGACGAUUCUAUGGACACAAUGGAUUUGUAUCAACUUUUUGCUAAUCAGGAGAACAAUAGUAACACGAUGGAAAUGAAGAGUCCUGAAAGUUCGAAGUCGCCGAGUCCCGUUACGAGUCGGCAACAAUACUUUGGUACAGAAUCCGAGGCGGCUGAUGUGAACAUGUUUAUUAACGAGCAUAGUGGUAGAAGUAAUUUAAUGAUAAUUAUAACGAGGUAUACAGAAUUCUUAUCUAAUAAAUGGAGGCAAGAGUGGCCGGAAGGAUUGCCGGACGUAUAUUUGCAAGCGUACACAUUUAUGAGGGAACAUAUUCCGCGUCCAUCGCCGUUCGGUGACGACCUAACCGAGGACGAUUUCAAAUUAGACGCUGAAAUGACACUGUUGUUCGGUGAAGUUCAUACAGAUAGAUGGUUAACUAACAAACCGGAUAUCGCAUCGUCUUCCACAUUAGACAAACUCGGCACAGGAAUGUCAUCCGAGGAAUUAGGGCAUAUCAUUUUUACUAGCGUCAGAGAAGACAUCUCGAAGGAUGAAAAUAUCGUCGUACUCCUGAGGGUCUUGUGGCUAAAAGCCAACAUCUUUUUAUGUCAAGGAGACAUAGACAUCGUUAUCUCAAAUUUAGAAUUUUUAUUGAAACACAUGAGGGAAUUAGAGAAACAGAAUCAGAGUAUUUAUUUAAAACUACCUAAUUGCAAGCAUAAUUCGCAAAUCAGUAUUAAGAUCGUGGAGAAGAAACUGAAAUCUAUUCAAAGGGGACAAAAACUGGGAGAGAUACAAAACUUGCACUGCGAGAAAAAAUACGCCGAGCUGGCUUACAUACUGCAGGACACGUUCAAGUUUGCGAAGCAUGGAAACAAACAUUUGACGGUGAAGGAUAAUAUCGUGGACAGGGUACGGCAAUUGUCCAUGUUGUUAGACAGCUUGUGGCAGCUUGAACAGUACGAGGAAUGUUACGUAUGGGCGGAAGCUUGCCUGAACGAGUCUUGGCAGAAUUACUUGAACGCUACCGACGAAGCCGAACAAAAGAAAUGGACCAGUUCCGUUCUAAUGGCACUCGAGAAAUUAGAAAUGUGCACGAUCGAAGUCAGCACUUUCGUCGUGAAGUAUUUACCGGACGCGCGCCUCUCGAGAUUGGUACAAAACUUGGUUCACAUCGUUUGCCAUCAGUUAGACGUGUCGGAGACCACCAUAGAAAUGCCAUUGGAGACCGUUCUACCGUGGAUCCUGUUGCAUUACAUCUUACAGUACAAAGAGGACAAAGAGAGAGCCAAGACUGGAUCGUCGUACAAGAACAAACACAGCUCAAAUUGUUCCGAGUCGGAAGACGAGGACGAAGGUCUUCCAGCGUCCAUCAUGAUUCUGUUCAUCGCCCACGAAUUCAUGGGGAAGCACUCGUGGUGCUGUUACAACGAAGCGAAACUUCUGUUCUUCACUUUGAAUCUGGUCAUCCCUAAACUGGAGUCGCCUCAGUUUUGUAAUAUCAAGAGCAAGGUCUCAAAAUAUUUGGAACAAAUAUUUUUCUGCCUCUAUGGAUUUUAUAAUAAAGUGAACAAACUGCGGCCGAAGUACAUAGAGGAGCACGGCGUGCACGCGAUGGAAGUGACUUGGGAAGGAGCGCAGCUGCUCUUCGAUUUCUAUAAGCCGAAACAAAUACCGGAGUAUAAUUCGCCUAAGACGUUGACGAUUAGCGCGGACACCGAAGCUCUGUUUAAACGUAUAAUGAAGUUGAUACCGCCGGAGAGCGAUCCGAACGGAGUGAUCGACGAGAUGAUGUCGUACAUAAUGGGCGAACGAGAGACCAUGCCCACGGUCAAGAAGCACCUGCCACAUUCCAUGUCCACUAUUUAUUACCUGCUGGCAGAUUUCUAUUUCAAGAAUUGCAAGUGGAACGCGGCGGUUCGAUAUUAUUUACUGGAUCUGUGCUUCCAUCCAAGUAGAUACAGUUCCUGGACUGGACUGGCGUUAUCAUCUGGCACUAUAAUUGAAGUUUGGUUGAACAAAUACAAACCAGUAAACGAGGAUAAGCUAUUGGCGAAGGCGAAGUUGACUCAGUCCAGUUACCAACACGCCGUGGAACUGGAUUCGUGUAAUCACGUGAUUUGGACAGAGUACGGAGCGUUCGCGUACAUCGUUCAUUCGUUUUGCUCGCGCUUAUUGAAACAGGAGACGGACACGUUGAGCAUGGAACGAUUCGAGGUGUUGGAAACUCGAAAAGAGGAGAUGCUGGAGCUCGCGAGUCAGUGUUUUCAAUCUUGCGCUCGUUUGUUCAUCGACGGUCCCACGCCGCACGACGAAAGGUGGCUGUAUCAGUAUAUGCUGGGGAAAGUGGCUGAGAAGAAGAAUCAAGAUCCUCCUAUAUAUUUAGAGCACUACGCGAAGGCCAGCGAGUUGUUGUAUCACAACAAUGCGCAGUAUCCGCGUAGGAUAAGUCACAAGUCUCCGCAGCAGCUUUCCGUCGAGGCACUGGAAGUGCAUUAUCGGAUUCACGCGAGCAUAUUGAAGUAUCUCGAGCAGCACGAGGGGAAGCCUCUGAAGAAAUCAUUAGGACAAGUGUUCCAGUUUCACCUCGAACAGUGCGCCAAAGGACCAUUGGUGAAGUUCAUGUCGAAAAUGAACGAGAAGAGCGAAGGCGUGACUGUUAACAAGGCUACCGGUAGGGAUACCGGAAUUGAAGGAAAUAUGGCGGCUGCCGCCGUUACCCAGCGUUCGAACAGUAUCGAGGAGAUCGAAAUCAUAGACAAGAUGAACAACAAGGGAACCGUGAUUCAGCCAGGAAAAAUCGACUCGCGUAAGAGAUCCUUCGCAGAGGGGACUCAGGACAGUGUAAAGAAGAUCAAACUAGGUAACGUAUCUCAUUUGCAAUUGAUGCAGGACGUGGUAGCUUUAAUAGACGAUGUGAUCACGAAAGUUUGCGACAUGGUCUCGCUAAAAGAGAAGACCGAGGAUAUUUUAGUGUUGUCUAGUGACGAGAGCAACGAGUCGCAGAGAAAGAAGAAGAAAAAGGAAGUCGAGAGAACGCAGCCACCUUCGAAGGUGGACGACGAUAAGAAAAGUUCUCUGAAAAUCGCGUUCGAGGGCGAUAGAAAAACGGAGAACGUGAUGGAACUGAUGGACGCGCUUAUGAAACAAGCGAUGGAAAUCAGUGAAGGUGCACGGCAGUCGUCGCCCGAGGACGAAGACACGAGGAAGUUCGAGGGCAAGUGGUUGCAGAACGAAGAUCUGCAAAUAAGCAAUAAGGAGACGAAGAUCGUGGAGAAGAAGAAGCUCGCUGGCUCUGGAAAGGAAGAGGUGACUUUGAGCAGAAGAGGCUCCCAAGAGAGUACGACGACUACUCAGACGACCACCACGACUACGAACAACUCCAGCUCCAGCAGUAGCGACGAAUCGAGCAGCAGUGACGACAGUUCGGACAGCGACAGUUCCAGCGACACUGCCGAGAGCGACACUGCCGAGAGCGAGAGUGAAAAAAAGAAGGAGGAUUUUGUUCAAAAGGAGGAGAACAUGACCGAGGAGGAAGUCGCCGCUUUGAUAGCGUACUGUUUAGCCGGUCUAGAACAAUGCGUCUUAAGAUUCUCGGAGCACUACAAGUCGUUCUACAGGCUGGCUCAUUUCUUCUUCAAUAACAAAACUGCCAAGAAUAUAGAGAAGUGCAGGAAUCUUUUAUUGGAGAAUUACAAUUGUCAGUUUUAUCGAACCGAGAGUUUCCGAGGACUGUUUGCUGACAGGAAAAGUACCAAUUUCUUCAAUGGUGUUUGGCACAUACCGAACAGAGAAGUGGAUAGGCCGGGAAGUUUUGCUUUUCAUAUGUCUCGAUGCGUCACUCUGUUGAUGCAAGUGCUCAAGGAAACGAACGACGGUCGAAUGUUAAUGCAACUGAGCGUUCAACUAGGAAAAACUCCUGAAGAGGACAAACAAUAUUUGCGAGAUGCGGAGAGAGAGCAGUUAUCUCGUCAAGCGCUUACUCUCUGCUUGCAAUCCCUUAGAACAAAGGUGCAAUUAAUGGGAACUGGUACUUCCGAAGUUCCUUCGAACAAAAACCCAGACGAGAGAACGCAGGUACUUCUCGACACAUACUGGGUGUACCAGAAAGCUUUAAAAAGUUUUCAAGGCAAGGAACAGACCAUACAAACCCUCGCUUCGUUGCUGGUCGACACGUACAAGACGUAUGUGGGUAAUAAAAAUUUGGAAGGAAACGUUUUGGACAUUGCCACGAAGUAUUGUCACGAGUACAACUACAACCGGAAAGUUUUGAACAAAUUACUCUCCAGUCUGGAUAAACCUGCCGCGGACAAUGUGCAACCACAGCCUCAGCCUACAUCUCCCACUCCCACGGUGAUCGCGUCUCAGCCACAAGCCAGUUCUUCGUCACCGCAAUUCUCGCAAAUUCGGAAACCGUACAAGACUUUGACGUCGACCGGACGACCGAGAGGACGACCGCCGAACGUGAACAAGUAUCUUCAAGCUUUACAACAGAACAGUAACACGAUGAAUCAAUUCAACGCGAAAGCUAAUUUCGCAAAUUACAUGGGCGUGGCGAACAAUCGUUCCCUAAUGAAUCCCUACUUCAUGCAUCCUUUAGUGGACCCGAAUUUAUUGUCCGCUUUAUUGACCAGCGGUUUAGGCGGAAGUAUGAUGGAUCCCUUGUCAGCCAUGAAUUACUUGAAUCAGAUGGGAAAUUAUCAGGACAUUAUUAGACAGUAUCAAAAUAAUCUUUCGUCGCUGUCGAGUCUAGCCGGUGGUUUGAGCGGCACGGUCGGUGGCAGUGCGCCUAAUAUCAGCAACGUACCUACAAUGAGCACUUCUACGUCGAACAUGAACGCUGCUCCAAGCAUGAGCAACUUAGGUGCUAAUCUAAACAAUCUAACUGUUCAACAAUUGUUAAGCUUGAGCAGCUCGACGGCGUCUACUGCGCGCACCGCACCUAUGUAUCAGCAGACUACCGCGACGAAGACGUCUACCACCGCGUCUAUCACCAAAGACAUGCCCAACAUAUCGAUAACUCCGGUGAACACAACGGCGGCACCGCCUAAAAGCAAACCGGCGAAGCAGAGCCCGCCGAACGACUCACUGGCGAUUCAACUCCCGAAAUCACUGCAGAUUUCCCAAGCGUCAAAGCCUCACCUGCAACCACCGAGUACACAAAUCUCUCUGUUGAAGCCGUCCGUCGUCAGCCACACUCAUGCUAAAGUAGCCAGCCCGCCGAAGCAGAUAAGCGCGCCGCAAAUUCGCGUCUCGAAGUCGUUGACCGAACCGCAGCCCGCGCAUAAUCCAAAUUUAUCUCACUCGCCUUUGAAGAACCCGGCGACUAAUCCGGUCACGGUUCCUCAAGCAGCUCACGCAGCGAUGAACCCGUCGAUGGGCAUGAAGCAGUCGUUACCUAUGAACGUACCCGCUUCUCAUUCUGGAACGUCGUUGCAGCACAAGCUGUUAUCAAAGAAGAAUUCGCAGAGGCUACCGUACACGCAGAGCGUACAGAAUCCUAUGAGGAAACCGAAGGUCGCUAAGCAAACGAUGCCCACGUUGCCCUACUCGAAUUUGUUGAAUCCUUCGAUGCCCGUGAACCCGUCGAUGCCUCAGCCGCCUUACGUGCCACCGGAGCUCAGCGGAAUCUCCGUGAGUCCUGUAAAUCCACAGACCGGGCUGAAAGGUCCGAGUACAAAAUAUCCUGCUUACAAGAAAACUUCUUCGACAAAAACGAAACCGACCAUGGACGUACCCGGCUCUUUACCCAGUUCGUACUCCCAAUCGAAUUCGGAGGCUUUCUCAAUGCUCUCUCAUCUGAAACAACAUUCGCAUUUAGAAAUUAUACCACAGCAAAAGGCGCAGCAAAUGAAGCCGACUAUAGAUUACGCGAAGACGUUGUCAUCGGGCGUGAGUGUCGUUCCGCAGAAGAUGACCGAGUCUUUGAGGCCGUCAAGCACGGAAUGCAAGCCUGUGUACGAUUUGCCUAGAGCGAAGUCGAGCAGCGUCGUCGGGAAAAAGAACGAGAAAUCCAUGCACGACAGUGUCGAGAUUAUAACGUUAGACGAUUGAGUUACGAGGACGAUAUUUGUGUCUCAGUCAAUUCUUGUUAAUUCCUUUGUUUGAUUUUUAUUAAUCGUGACGCGUAAACGACAAGAUCGCAAAUAAUAUUUUAUAUUUUCUAACGUCCUCGCAGCGGUACAGUUUCGUUUCCAUCCAAAACGACUGAUAUAAAUCACGCUAGCCUUUUCACUUUCGUGCCUAAGGGAAUCAUUCUAAUACGAAUCGGAUUAAUUGUCGCAAAAAGACAAUAAUAACCGAAGUAUUCUAAAAUUCUAAAGUGUUUGAAAUAAUCGCGGGGCGGGAUUCUUAAAGCGCGCUCGUGCAUCCAAGAGACUGUACCUAAAUGGGAAGAGAGAGAGAGUGAGUGAGAGAGAGAGAGUGUGAGAGAGAGUGAAUUAACGAUAACAGCUUUUCACAAGUUAGUCACCCCUCAGGAUGAUAAUUAUUAUUUCACAAUAAUUCCAAGGGAAGCGUUUCCUCUUAUUGAUGAAAUAUAUAUUAUUUUUCUACUAUGUACAUUCAGUAACUUUUUCCUUUGUAUGUAAAAAAAGAUAUAAAAAUUGUAUGCGUCCGUAUGUAUGAGUGUGCGGGUGUGUUAUAUGUGAUUUAGGUAUUAGCGAAGCGUGUACAUUUUCUAACAGAUAAUUUAUAAAGUCUUUUUCAUUGAAAGGGAGGCAUACAUGUAUAAAUAUACACGAAAAGACACGAUGUAAGGACCUAAUUUUAUUUAUUUAUAUCGUUACAAAUGCAAUUUUCUAAUUUGCACAUUUUCACAAAUUCAUACAUACAUAUGUACAUAUUCGCUUCAUCCGCGGGCAAACUACGUUAAUUCGUCCGGUAGUUUGCACGAAUUGGCAGGAGAAUCGCGGACGCCUAAAUCUUUUACAGCGAAAGCCAGCGUGCGGCUGUUCCUUUAACUCGUCCUCCGUUAAUCUUACAUUUGUGGAUGUUACGUACAAAACUUCCAAGUUCGGUCCACCGAAGGCAACGCUUGUCGUGUCCUUAGCUCCGUUUAUCUUAACAUACCGCAACAGCUCGCUUGUUUUCGGAUUUAUUUGCAACACCUACACGCACAUACAUAUAUUCAUCGCUAACAAUUACAAUAAUUUUGUAACAAUUAAUUAAUAAUCGGACUGCAGAUUUUAUGCAUUUGUAUAGCUGUACAGAAAAUGUUAGAUAGUACUGUGCAAUUUAUAAAAUAAUGUAUAACGCACGUUAUUAUCUUCAAAUGAUUUUGCAUAUAAAUCUGCAGUCUAGUAAUAACACUUACUCCGCCUCCAUUGUCACCCACAGAUUCCCAUCUGUGUUUACAGUCAUACCGUCUGGAAAUCCGGGAACAUUAUUUUCUCGAAGAUCAAAUACGAUUCUUUUGUUAGCUAUUAGAAAAAAUUAAUUCAUUGUACAUAAAAUUGUAUCCAUUCUAUCACACUUCAUCGCAUUGUAUAUUUCUUACAUAUAGCUCCCGCCUGAGCAUUGUAAUUAAACGCCACGACCUGAUAGGUGAUUGAGUCGAUAUAAUAAAGUGUAUCGUUGUCAGAA